UGCCUUCACCUACAAGUAAAUGCAAGCCCCACCUUUCCCUUCAACUUCCCCUGCAAGCUGCCUUCACCUAUAAGUAUAUGCAAGCCCCACCUUUCCUGUCACUUCCUCUCCGCUGUAUCAGAUUCUCGUUUCACUCCUUUGCUUAACCAGCUAAGCCAAGAUGGAUGUUGACAUGAUGUUGAAUGAGAAGCUAAAGAUGAUAGAUGAUGCAAUUACGAAGAAGAAGACGAUAAUGGAUUGUCACCCUGAGGUUCCAUUAACAUCUGAGGAAAAAAUGAACGCUUACGACUCUGUAUACACUUUGUGCAAUCAGAAAAGGCGAGACUACAGCAACCUGGUUUAUGAGAAGUACACGAACUGUUUAACUGAGAUCAUUCAAGAAAGGGCACUUCCUGUGUUAAUGGACAAACAUGGCACAGAACUUUUAACAGAAGUCAUCCGAUUGUGGUCGGAGUAUAAGGAAUUUGCAAGCUUUUUGUCGAAAAUCUUUGCAUACCUGGAUAGGUACUACAUCCAUAGGAAAGGACUCCUAUCACUUGCUGACUCCAUGAGAUAUUACUUCUGCAAUCUGGUCUGUGAUAAGCUAUUCAGUAAAUUGCAGGAAGCAAUGAUGAGGCUGAUCAUUCAAGAGCGUGAAGGGGGGCAGAUUGAUCGGAACCUACUAAAGACUGUAUCUUAUUUACUUUUUGAGGUGGGGGGAAUAGGAACCACCAACUGUUAUGAAAAAAUCGAGCAGAUAAUGCUAGCAGAAGUUGCUGCCCACUACUCUCAGCUAUCUCUGGAUUGGUGGUUUUGGGGUGAUUCCUUUUCCAACUACCUGCGGAAGGUUGAUUGGUGCUUGAACCAGGAGGAAGCCAGAGCAGAACUCUACCCAUCCCAGACCACCAAAACAAAAAUACUGGAUGUGAUGAAAUAUGUUUUGCUGGAAAGAAACGCAAAGAAGUGGGCUCAGAAGCAAAACGCCGAGGGGAUGGCAGCUGAAGAUCAGGAGCUGUUAUCCAAAUAUGCUAGCCUGAAGCUUGAAUAGGAUAGCUCUGCUGCCAUUGUUGCCAGCAUCGCAUGAGUGACGUCUGCGCGUCGGAGCUUUACAAAGGAAUCCGAAAUCCACAGCUGGUGGCAUUUCAGGGUGUAUAUACGAAUAUGAAAUCCUUUAAACAAGUAUAGUAUCGUUUUAUUAUAAUAUUCAGCAUGAAUUGCAUAUGAUCUGCAAAUGCAAUCCAACUCUCCUAAGUGUGACAAUGAAGUCAGUUAAUUGGUUUAA